AUGGGUGUAAUAGGAAAAUUAUUCAAGUUGACGAGUGUCACAUUAGUAGGAGGUGUGGGGGUAACCGCAUAUUCUUACCCUGAACUCAGGAAAGAACCUAUGUAGCUUAUUUCAGCGAUGAAUAGAGGAAUAAGAGUAGUAAAGGCAGGAUCUAUGAUGGCCUCUGACUAUAUUAAUGCUCCAGAGAUAACAUCUGAAGUUCAUGCUAAGGCUGCUAAUAGAAUGUACGAAUGCUUUGCAAAGAAUGCUGGGCCAUAUAUCAAACUAGGCUAAAUGGUAGGAUAGAUGCAAAUGCUUUUGCCAUAAGAAUACUGCUAGGCAUUUGAGCCUAUGUGCAUGAACGCUCCCAAAACACCAUUUGUAGAAGUCAGGAAAAUAGUGGAGGCAGAUCUUGGCUAGACGAUUGAGCAAGUCUUUUCAGAAUUCGAAGAAAUGCCUUUAGCCAGUGCUUCGCUUGCUUAAGUUCAUAGAGCCAAACUGAGAUCAACUGGAGAAGUAGUUGCUGUUAAAGUUUAGCAUAAAUGGAUCAGAGAAUAAGUUCCAGGUGAUCUUAGAUUAAUUUAAUUUGGAGUUGACAUAGCCUGCAAGCUUUUUCCAGAGUUUAAAUAUGGAUGGCUACCAGAAGAAUUCAAGACAAGAUUACCAUUAGAGUUGGACUUUACUAAAGAAGCUGAGAAUGCUAAUAAAUGUAGAGAAAUUUUCAAGAAUAACAAGAAUGUAUAUGUCCCAAAAAUAUAUUCUGAUUUUACAAGGCAAAGAGUAUUAGUAAUGUCAUUUGAGGAGGGGAUACCAGUAUCUCAUGUAAAAGAAAUGCAUGCUAAAGGAUAUGAUCUCAAGAGACUAGCAAAGAUAAUUUCAGAGACUUUCAUUUUUAUGAUCUAUGAGAAGGGAUUCGUUCAUUCAGACCCUCAUCCAGGUAACUUGUUUGCAAGAAAAAAGUUAAUUAAUGGAAAGGAAGAUAUCGAAUUGGUUAUACUUGAUCAUGGAAUAUAUACCAGCUUAACCGAGGAGACUAGACUAAGCUAUACUAAGUUAUGGAGAGGUAUCCUUAGUUAGGAUGAACCAAUGAUAAAAGAAUCAUCAAAAGAACUAGGUGCUGAUUUUUACGAAUUGUUUACAGCUAUGAUAGUCAAUAGAACAUAUGAGGAUGUUAUGAAUAAAGGCACAGCUGUUAAUACUAAAUCCAGACUAGGGUAGGUUAAGAGUGACGAGGAUAAAGACGCCAUAAAGAGAUAUGCCCUUUAUUAUCACAAGGACAUAGUUAGCAUUUUAGAUAUGAUAAAAAGAGAACUUUUACUAGUAUUGAAAACUAACAAUUAUUUGAGAGCAAUUGAUAACAGACUAGGAAAUCCUAAUAACUCUUACAACAUAAUCAAUGAGGUAACAUGGAAGGUAUUCAGAAAUGAAGUAAAAACUUAUAGAGGUUGGUCUUAUUAUAGAGAAUACAUUAGAUACUACUGGUUUAGAUUUUUAUUCACCCUCUACAGAAUGAAGAUCAGAAUACAGGGUCUUUUUGGAAUAAAAGCCUCCCCAGAGGAGUUAGAAGAUUUUGAGUAGGAAGCUCAUUGA